AUGGCGGCGAGGAACUGGUGCUCGUACGUGGUGACCCGCACCGUCUCGUGCCACGUGCAGAAUGGCACCUACCUUCAGCGAGUGCUGCCGAAUUGCCCCUGGCCCAUGAGCUGUCCCGGGAGCGGGUACAGAACCGUGGUGAGGCCCACGUACAAGGUGAUGUAUAAGACCGUGACUGCCCGCGAGUGGAGGUGCUGCCCCGGGCGCUCGGGGCCGAGCUGCGAGGAAGUUGCAGGCUCCCCCAGCCGAGUGGUCCCCAGGUGGUCAGGUAACAACGUGCAACGAAUGGUGCUUCGACCCACGGCCUUCUCAGGUUGUCUCAACUGCAGCAAAGUAUUGGAGUUAACAGAGAGGCUGAAGGUGCUUGAGGCCAAGGUGGCUAUGCUAACAGUCUCGGGACAAGCCAUGCUGCCAGCCCCAACUGCCCCCGAAGACCCUGCCCCACUCUGGGGCCUGCCUGCUGCCCAGGGCAGCCCUGGAGAUGGAGGCCUGCAAGGCCCAGCUGGGACACUGACCCCUGCCUACUCAGGGCCACCAGGAGCCAGAGAGAACGUGAGGGCCCCACUGCUCUCUCGAGAUGACCAAGUAGGUGCUCGGGGGCUGCCUGGGCCCACUGGCCCCAAGGGGGACACCGGCAGCCGUGGCCCAAUAGGGAUGAGAGGCCCGCCAGGUCCACAGGGCCCCCGAGGGAGCCCUGGACAGGACGGAGCUGUGGGAAGCCCUGGAGAGAGGGGGCUUCCGGGUCCCCCAGGGCCUCCUGGUCCCCCUGGUCCCUCAACCCCCAUUGGACCACCCUACACUCAGAUAUCUGCACAGGGAGACCCAUUACUGUCCAACACCUUUACCGAGACCAGCAGCCACUGCUCCCAAGGAUGUGCUGGGCCCCCGGGCCCCCCAGGCCCCAUAGGGCCUCCUGGGCCUCCUGGUCCCAUGGGCAUCCCUGGGAAUCCUGGACACAUAGGACCUCAAGGCCCCACUGGUCCUGAAGGAAUCUCCGGCCGCCUAGGAGAGAAAGGCGAGCGAGGAUUGCGGGGGGAGCCUGGCCCCAGGGGCUCUGCUGGGCAGCAGGGAGAGCCUGGCCCCAAAGGAGACCCUGGUGAGAAGAGCCACUGGGGGGAGGGGUUGCACCAACUACGCGAGGCUUUGAAGAUUUUAGCUGAGAGGGUUUUAAUCUUGGAAACAAUGAUUGGGCUCUAUGAACCCGAGCUGGGGUCUGGGGCCGGUCCUGCUGGCACAGGCACCCCCAACCUCCUACGGGGCAAAAGGGGAGGACAUGCUGUCCACUACCGGAUCGUGGCCCCCCGGAGCCAGAACGACAGGGGCUGAGGGCAGCGGCAGCCCCUUGGGGUACACCGGGCCGGCCCCGCCCAGGAACCACCGGCCAUAUUUAUUGAUGUACUUGGGGGCCCUUCUGCCA